AUGCGUGUCCCUGUCGACCUCUUCUUGUCCAUACCAUGUGUGUUUGCUCGCAUCACAGUGUACAGCCAGCAACCAUUUAUGGGAACCGCAACUGGAACAGCAAAUGUGGUCGCCUACACCGACGCAGCCGCAUACGACUCGACAAUGCUCGACCCGCCACCUGUCUCUGAAGUUGCCACCGCAUUUUCGGUCCAACUUGACAACUUUGUCGUCAGUGGGGCGUCCAUUCCGCAAGGAGGCCACUUCUUCGGGUUUUCGAUCGAGUUUUCGGUCAUAAACCAAGUCCUUGGGCUCAAUGGAUCGGUUCUUCAAGUGCCGUUCCUCAAUCUGAUGUCUUCUCUCCAAGCGCGAGGAGGGUCAGUUCGUGUGCGGAUUGGAGGCAACUCGCAGGACACAGCUACACUGGUGCCUUCUCUUCCCAACGGAGUGAUGAUGCAGAAAGGCACACCGCCAUUGGAAAGUGAUUCGAUGGUGAUGUCCAGUCCACCGCUUUUUUACACCCCAGAGGUGCUGUACAUGCUGGCCAACAUUUCGUCGUUGGUGGAUGUCCACUGGUACCUCGGCAUUCCCAUGAACGAUACGCAGCAUCUCCGACUAGGUAUCGUCUCUGCUGCGGAGGCCAUCUUGGGCGACAGGCUGCUCGGGUUUCAGGUCGGAAAUGAACCUGAUCAAUAUGGACUGAAUCACCUUCGACCGUUGGCCUACAACGCUUCUGACUAUGUGGAUGACUUUGAACUUAUCGACAUGACACUGAAAGGGCACUAUGGCUUCGCCAGGAAGAAACUUAUCGGGCCAAGCAUAUCAAGCCACUGGAAACUCGAAGAUGUCUGGGACGCGGGUUUUCUGGAGAAAUUCAACCUGUCCUUGGCCGCGCUUUCCGCAGAAUAUUAUCACUCGAAUAACUGUCCUCAGCCUGUAAAGAUCAACCCACAGGACGUUUUUGCCAGCUAUCUCAACCAUACGGCCGCCACGAGCGCUGUCCAGCGGUACCUCAACAGCACUGACAUUGCCCAACGACUCGGUUUACCAUUCAUUAUGCUCGAGACCAACAGCGCCUCGUGUGGUGGGCUUCCCGGCGUGGCGACUCGUUCGGUAGCGCGUUAUGGGCUCUUGAUUAUGGACUACAACUCGCAUAUAGCAAUUUUACCGGCGCAAUGUGGUGAGUUGACGGUUUCGGUUCAGACUCACCAGAUAAUCAUUAGCAGGCAUCUCGGUGGGCUCAGCUCAUACUACAAUGUCUGUCUUCUUACGCAUUUACCCGUUUGUGAUCCUCUUCAACUUAUGUGUUCACUGAUGGCCCCAGCCCCACCAACCAACCAGUCGAUGUUUAAGAGCUGGUCUGUCGGUCCUAUUUUCUACGCGGCUUUAGUAGGCGCCGAAAUUUUCGGAAAAUCCAACCAAUCUCAGAUCAUGGACCUCGAGAUGAACAAUGGCAGUAUAUACACGCCCGGCUAUGCAAUCUACGAAGCCGGUGUCCUGAAGCGACUCGCCAUCUUCAAUUUUAUCAGCGAUCCGAGUGGUGCAGGUGACUACACGGCCACGAUAUCUCUGACGGAGAAGGCCAACUUGACGCAUGUUAAUGUCAAAUACUUGGUGGCGCCGUCUGUUAGUUCAUUGAAGAAUAUCACAUGGGCCGGACAGUCAUUUGGACCAAAUUUAUCCUCAGACGGCCGCCUCCACGGAAUUCUAGACGUGAAGUUAAUUCCCUGCGACCCGCUCACCAAGAUGUGCCAAGUCCAGGUGCCAGCACCAGGGUUCGCUCUUGUCCUCCUCGAGGAUGAUGGGCCAGGCAAAACGGAUGCGAAGACGUUUGCGACGACUGUGCAUACCAAGACACUCACCGCGUUGACGGCAGAUGCGGGAGUUCUCGCAACAUCGAACGGGGGGAAAGGAAUGCAGGAGGCACUAGGCAGUACGGGAAGGAGGAGAAAGUGGUGGUCUUUGCAUAACCCACGGCCGGAUGGCCAUGCACAGGAACACCAUCACCAUAUAAAUGGAGCGAGAGUCUUGGAUCCGCGAAGCACAAUCUUGACUGUGGUAGGACUGUGGAUUGGACUUGCAUUAUUGUGGUCUGAUUUGACCGAAUUGUAA